GCGGCCGACGUUAUCAUGCGUGUUUUGGCCGAGGCCAGCGUUCAGUGCCUGCGGCUCGCCUUCCUGCUGAUGGUGGCGGCGGGCGCGGCGCCCUCUCCGGCACUGAGCGCCGGCUGCCCGGAGCGCUGCGUGUGCGACGAGCAGCUGGUGGUGCAGUGCGCCGGUCAGAGGCUGAGUGUCUUCCCCGUGGACCUGCCGCUCGCUACGCGCCAGCUCAUCCUGAGCGACAACCGCAUCAGCGAGCUGCCGCCGCUGCAACUAAACUACCUGUCCGACCUGGUGUAUUUGGACUGCAGCAAUAACACACUGACCGAGAUCUCAGAGUCGACGUUUGGCAACCUGCGCAAGCUCGCCUAUUUAGACCUGUCGUUCAACACGCUGGCGCGCAUCGAGGACCGCACGUUCGGCGCGCUCGCCAGCCUCGUCAUGUUGCGCCUCACAGACAACCCGGGCUUGUCCGAGAUGCACGCGGACGCGUUCGUUGAAAACGGCGCGCUGCAGGUGCUCGACGUGAGCCGCAACAACUUGACCACGCUGAACGUGAGCACGCUGGUGGCGCUUCCCGCUUUGCGCGCGCUCGGUCUCAGCGGAAACCCGUGGCGCUGCGACUGCGACACUGAAGACCUCUGCCUGUGGGUGCACAUCGAGGGCUUUAAGUUUCAAGAUGAAGGUCAAACGGUGUGCCAGAGUCCUGUGGAGAUGCGCGGCCGUCGCCUUGCUGAGGUGGGCAUGCAGCUUCGCUCUGAAUGUCACCAGGGCCUGGGCUACUGGGACUACCUGUUCUUUGUUGCCAUUGGCUUCGUCAUUUUCACAGCAGGCACUGUUUCAGCCUGGGUCAUGGGCGUGCUUAUGGUGCUCUAUGAGCGCUACAGCAAGAAAAGGAGCGAAGAGGUGGAUGGCGAGGAUGACGAUCACGUACCCAUCCGCAACUCAAGCAACCAUGGCAACGGGGAUCUAAGCAAGCCCAGCAUGCAGGUGUGAUCAGGGGGGUUGGAUGAAGACAACAGUGAUCACCACAAACCCCCUAAUGAGACA